CAUUGCAAGAUUUCAUAAAACAUCUAUUCAUCCAUCAUGCUCUCAAAACCAAUAUUCCUACAACCUUAUUGUGCUGCUAUCAGAAUGUUGUUUACUACUACUACUACUACGCUACUUCCCCCCUUUCUUUACCUUUUCGUGUUUGUUUGCUUGUCUUCUUCUUCUUGUGCUUUCACAGAAAGAGUUGCAGCGAAAAACAACGUGAUAAGGUGUAUUGAGAGGGAGAGGCUUGCUCUUCUGGAUUUCAAACAAGGCCUUGUGGAUAACUAUGGAGUUCUGUCUUCUUGGGGAAGUGAUGAAGAAUGUUGCAAUUGGUUGGGUGUUCACUGCAACAACAACACCGGUCAUGUAACCAUGCUUGAUCUCAAUUCCUAUAAUAUUAAUUCAUAUCUGAGUUUCCACAAGGUUAGUCCAUCUCUACUUGAACUGAAGCAUUUGAAUUAUCUGGACCUGAGUUACAAUGAUUUCCAAGGGAGUCGUAUCCCUGAAUUCAUUGGUUCCUUUAAGAGAUUACGUGUCUUGAGUCUUAUGUAUGCCGGCUUCACUGGAACAAUUCCUCCGCAACUUGGGAACCUUACCAAUCUUCAAGUUCUAAAUAUUUCUGUAGAUUAUUUUAAUUUGAAAAUAAAAAAUCUUGAGUGGCUCUCUCUUCUUUCCUCUCUAAGGUCCAUUUAUCUCAGUGGUGUUGACAUUGAGUCAUCAAAAACCAGAGUCACCCUCCCUCCUUUCCUUGAGGAAUUACAGUUGCCAUUCUGCGGACUCGAUGUGUCUUUGCCUUUCUUGCUUAAUUCUUCUUCUCCAUUUCUUUCCGUUGUUGAUUUUUCUUACAACAAUAUCAAUGCUUCUUUGGUAUUCCACUUGUUGCGCAAUGCAAGCAAAAAACUCACUACCAUCGGCCUCUCAGGAAGUUACUUUGUAGAUACCAUUCUUGAUCAUGCAUUUGUAGAUAUGGAAAUUUUUGAGAACCUUUAUCUUGAUCAUAUUAUCACGGAGGAUGCUGGAAUUCCAAAAUAUUUUUGGAAUUUAACUCAUCUACGAAUUUUAUCUCUGUGUUGUAAUUAUCAAUUAAGUGGGGCAUCAAUUGCUGAAGUUUUCCAAAAGUGGCUCAAGGAUGCAGGGAAGUCUCUACAAAUCUUAGACUUAUCUGGGAAUCAAUUCACUGGUGAACUUCCUGCAGAUAUCAUCAACACCAGAUUUAAAUCUUUGAGAGAAUUGCGCGCACCUUUAAACCAGCUAAAUGGAUCAAACUUCAGACUACCUUCAAGUCUUGAAUAUUUAGAUUUGUCCAAUAACCAAAUUAGAGGACAAAUUCCUGAUCUAUCACAUGCUUUGUCCUUAAGAGUGCUACAUCUUUCUGAAAAUCAAUUACAAGGGGGUUUACCAGAAACUAUAGGGAAGCUAUCAAAGCUUAAUAAGUUGUAUGCCUCAUCAAAUUCAUUGGAAGGAGUUGUAACUGAAGCCCACUUUUCAAAUCUUACCCAUCUUCAAGAGUUAGAUUUGUCCUUUAAUGUAGCCAUGUCUUUCAAUAUGAGUAGUAAUUGGGUUCCUCCUUUUCAACUUUACCGCUUAUUAUUAGCAAAUUGUAAAAUGGGGCCUCAAUUUCCAAAAUGGUUGCACACUCAAAACAAAAUAGUUGAACUUGAUAUUUCUUCAAGUGAUAUUUCUGAUAUAAUACCCAAUUGGUUUUGGAAUUUCUCCAAGGGUUACGACUACUUGAAUUUGUCAUACAACGAGAUUGGUGGGAGAUUGCCUUAUUUACAAAAUGAGUCUUUUCUUCAAGUCAUAGAUUUGAGUUCUAAUAAUUUUUGGGGCCCAAUAUCUAUAAAUUCCAAAAAAAUUUCUAUACUUCACUUAUCAAGUAAUAAGUUUCUUGGGUUAAUUUCUUUCUUAUGUUCAAUUAUUAACUCCGGUACUACUUCUAUUGACCUUUCAUAUAAUCAAUUCUACGGUGAGAUUCCUAAUUGUUGGAAUAACAGCCGUUUAAAUUUAGCUAUUCUUAACCUUGCGAAUAAUAAUUUCUCUGGGAAGGUACCACAUUCUUUAGGCUCCCUAUAUACUCUUCAAUCAUUGCACUUGCGAAAUAACAAAUUUACUGGAGAAUUACCUUCCUCAUUGCAAAAUUGCACAUUAUUGAGGGUUAUGGACUUUGGUGGAAAUGAGUUUACGGGUAAAAUUCCAUCAUGGAUUGGAGGUUCUUUGACAGAUUUGCUUACUGUUAGUCUCCGGCAUAACAAUUUUUAUGGGGAAGUGCCUUCAAGUAUUUGUCAUCUUAAUAGCAUCCAAAUCUUGAAUCUUUCUGAAAACAUAUUGACCGCGAAAAUUCCACAUUGCUUCUACAAUUUCACUUACAUGAUGAAAAGUAGUAGAUCAAUUGGAAAUACUAUACAAUUUCUUAAUUCUACUACUUCCUAUGGAAAAUUUGGUUCCUAUAUAGACAAUAUUUUGAUUCAGUGGAAAAACCAAGAAAGAGAAUAUAGGAAGCAAUUGGGACUCUUAAAAAGCAUUGAUCUUUCAAGUAAUCAAUUGAUUGGACAUAUUCCUGAGGAACUUUCUUCUCUCAAAGGAUUAAUUUCCUUGAACCUCUCAAAAAAUCAUUUGAUUGGAAAAAUAUUUCCGACAAUCUAUCAGCUGGAAAAUUUGGAAGUCCUUGAUCUUUCUAGGAAUCAACUCUCUGGUGAAAUUCCAAUAGGUCUUGCUCGUCUGAAUUAUCUUGAUGUUCUUGACUUGUCGAGCAACUUUCUAUCGGGCAAAAUCCCCACGGGCACUCAGCUGCAAAGUUUCGAUGCUUCUUCCUAUGCCGAAAAUAUUGGAUUGUGCGGAGACCCACUUCCCAAAUGUUCUUCAUAUGUUCCUCCACAAAACAAAGACAAUGACUUUCAAGAAGAUGAUAGUUUUCUAAAUCAAGAGUUUUACAUAUCUAUGGUGCUAGGGUUCUCUCUUUUCUUCUGGGGAAUUGUAAUCACUUUAGUGGUAAAAGACUCUUGGAGAAUUGCAUACUAUAAAUUUUUGAAUGAUGUCAAAGAUUGGCUCUAUGUGAAAAUGAAGAUCUAUUCGGUCAGGAUGCAAAGAAAGCUUAGACGCAUAUGAUGAUUUGAUGAAGCAAUAAAAGAUUGAUUAUGUGCAAACUGGGGAUGAAUAAUAUGUGCAGCAUCACACACCAUUUGGAUGGAGCACUCUGUUUGAAGCUAUGUACCUUUCUUUCCUCCAGUUGUUUUGUAGAAACAAGUUUGUAUCUGAUUUUUCAAUAAUUUCUAUGUAUAUAUGUUACUAGAAUCCCUUUCUCAUAUUCUAAGAUAAUGUAUUAUCAUCAUCUUCUUCAUUCUAAGUGCUAAUGUUAUUGUGUUUGAUUGUUCUGCAUUUACAAUUCUGUUAAGAAACUACAUUAUUUCACCUAUUUUCAAAUAUGUUUUUCUUAAUUUCCUAGAGUGCCUAUGAUAGAAGAGGCAAUCUUUAAGGCAUCGGAGAAAAGGAGUUUGGGGCAAUUCAAGAACCAGGUUCCAUGGCUUCCACCAUGCAUGCAGUUGUGGUCACCACCUUUGCAAACCACGAGGUCGUGGUUAUUAAGUGUAUUCGCGGUGUUUUGGUCAUAUCUCAAUAUAGAAAUGUUUAAAUUUGAGAUAUUCCAAUAGCAUUGGAAAUAAAACUCAGAGAACUACAAUAACCAAGUAAACUAUAAAUCAUUAUUUAGAUGUUAUCUGAAUCAAAAAUAGUUUGAAAAUUGAAAUUGAUGGGCAAAGAACAACUACUCUUCCCACUACAAGCAUGGUAGGAAGUUGUGGUUACGUCUAAAUUUAGUUUAAAUAAAAAGUUAUUUAUCAUUUUAUGAA